AUGAAACCACUGUGCUUGACCUUGGGCCUUUUGGCUUUUGUAACAUGUUUCUUGUCUGGAGAGAGUCACAGAGGCCCCAGCCUGCCAGUGCCUAGACCACUGCCACCUGCUCGACUUCCUCCACGACGCAUUCCUUCUAUCCCAGGAUUUGUUCAACGCCCUUCUCUACCCUCUGGUCCAGGGAGAAUUCCACCACGCCGUCCUUUCUUCCCAGGUUAUCCAAAUCCACCAAGACCUUAUCCAUAUAGACCUCAACAGCUCUUUCCAUAUCCUCCAUUUUAUCCUCCCUUCUUUCCACCUCUGCCCCCAAUACCACCAACUACAACAGACUCCCCUACUGCCUCCAUUACCGACAGAACAAACUCCAUUACAGAUACAACAGUCCCCGACAUCGACACACCAGUCCCCGAGGUCGACACACCAGUCCCCGAGGUCAACACACCAGUCCCCAACGCCGACACACCAGUCCCCGAGGUCGACACACCAGUCCCUGAGGUCGACACACCAGUCCCCAAUGCCGACACACCAGUCCCCGAGGUCGACACACCAGUCCCCGACGCCGACACACCAGUCCCCGAUGCUGACACAGUAGACUCCAUUAUAACAACAGUCCCCAUAACAAACAAUAUAGACUCCACUACAAACACAGCAGAAUCCACCACCAAAUUCAUCAAGCCCACAACUACAUCAUCCAAUACCCAAAAUUCCUUUAAGAGAUUUUUAGAAAAACUUCUUUUCUUUUUUGGAUAUGGAAGAGAUAGCCCAUGA